AUGGCGAUGAUGACCAUUCUUCUGCUUCUCAGCGCUGCCUUGGCUUUGGGCAAUGCAAAGCCCUUACAGGAGGCCAAUGAUGUGGAUCAACUCCUUGCUUUUGAGGCUAAGGGGGUGGCGGAGAUGCAUGAGUUGCAGCAGGUGCAGGAGGAGGAGCAGCAGGUGCAGGAGGAGGAGCAGGAGGUGCAGGAAGAGGAGCAGGAGGUGCAAGAGGAGGUGGGGAGAGAGAGCAGGAGCUUGUGUCCCUCAGGCUGGACCAAAUACGGAUCCCGCUGUUUGAUGUUUGUUCAUGGCCCCAGCACAUGGAUUGAGGCAGAGCGGUACUGUGUGCACUUCGGAGCGAACCUGGCGUCAGUUCACAACUCCCAGGAGUAUCAUUUUCUGCAGGAGCUGGUUAGGCGCCAUACCAAUGGGUUCCCAGGCACCUGGAUCGGAGGCUCUGAUGCCGUCUAUGUAAACUCUUCUUUAAUAUCUUUACAUUUUGCUUAA